AUGGCGUUUCGCAAUUCAGACAAGGCGAAGGACGAUGUCAACAUACGCACGGCGACCGCGGAGGCAAGAGCGGAUGCCGACGCUCAAAGUUUAGAAGAGAGGGACGAGAGAGAAGUGCUCGAGCAUCCUGAUCAGAUCACCCAUGACGCUCAGGCUGGAGUUCAGAAAGCCGAAGCCGCAGCCUUGGUGUGGUCUAAGAAGGGCCUUUAUAGCACAUAUGCCUGGAUCUGGCUGUGCUUCUUCGUUCUGUCGAUGCAAUCCUCAGUCAGCAAUAACAUGAUCUACUACGCAUACGCCAACUUUGCUUCCGCCCCUCAAAUCUCCCAAGCGUAUAUUGUGUCGACAAUCGUGGGCGGAGUUCUUCAACUUCCCAUUGCGAAGACUCUCAACCUCUGGGGCCGUACGGAGGGCUUCCUGACAUUCUUAAUGGUUUUCAUCCUUGGUCUGAUCGUGGUCGCCUCCUGCAACGGCCCCAAUGGCUUUGCGGCUGGCUACACUCUGUACUGGAUCGGCUAUACGGCUCUGAAUUUCAUUUUAACCGUGUUCGUCGCCGAUGCGUCCGGAUUGAGGAAUCGUGCUUUUGUCUAUGCUUUUAUUGGCACGCCAACUAUCUGUACCGCCUUUGUUGGGCCCCUCGCCGCUCAGGCAUUCGUCGCUCACUCGACAUGGCGCUGGUCGUAUGGCUGUUUUGCUAUUAUUACCUUGACUGUUUUUGUCCCGCUCGCUGUCGUGUUCAAAGGCUACCAACGCAAGGCCGAGAAGCUGGGACUUUUCCAGCAUGUCAAAACUGACCGGUCCAAGGUUCAGUCAAUCAUUCACUAUGUGCACGAAUUCGACAUUGUCGGGGCUCUUAUUCUCAUGGCGGCGUUCAUCCUAUUCCUCCUGCCCUUCAGCCUCAAGACAUAUGGGUUUACCGGGUACUCUUCAGCAACUUUUAUCGCCAUGGUCGUUAUCGGACUACUGCUCUUCCCAGUGUUCGCUGUCUGGGAGUGCCACUUUGCCAGAAUUCCCUUCAUCAAAUGGGAGUUAUUCAAAAAGCGCACAGUUCUGGGAGCUUGUAUCCUGUCAGCCAUCAUCUUCUUCAACUACUACACGUGGGAUCAAUACUUUUACUACUACGUUCAGGUAGUAUACAACCUCGAUACCUCCAAGACAGGAUACAUGACGCAGAUCUACGGCGUUGGAUCGACCAUCUGGGCGGUGCUGUUCGGCAUUUGGAUUCGCAAAACCAAAUACUUCAAGAAUGUCUGCCUCUUCUUCGGUGCACCAUUCCUCAUGCUUGGCGCAGCUCUCAUGAUCCAUUUCCGAGGCUCCCAAAGUGACAUUGGUUACCUAGUGAUGUGUCAGAUUUUCAUUGCUGUUGGGGGUGGAACCCUCGUGAUCGGAGAUGAGAUGGCUGUCAUGGCUGCCGCUGACCGCAACGGCGUCCCAUUGAUGAUUGCUCUUAUCAGCUUGUCUUCGAGUGUUGGCGGGGCCAUCGGAUAUGCCGUGGCGAGUGCCAUAUAUGCCAAUACUUUCCCUCAAGCUUUGCUCAGAGCCCUUCCAGAGUCGGCCAAGGCGAAUUAUGCUACUAUCUACGCUGGUGGAUCGGCAGCCCAGCUGAUGUAUCCUCCGGGCAGUGAGACGCGAGAUGCGAUUAAUUACGCCUGGGCUUACAGCCAAAAGUACGAGUGCAUCACGGCCGCAUGUCUCGUCGUUCUUGCUUUCCCCGCGAUUGCCAUCUGGAAGAAUUAUAAUGUCGACAGAAAGCAGGUGAAGGGCACCGUUAUCUAA